GUUUUAUUUCGUCUUUUACCGCUACGCCGUGAUAAUCUCGAGGCAGAUGUGUUGUUAAAAUGGCACACACUCACUCACAUGUUCAACGCGCACACACUUGGGCGCUCACGCUCAUGGACUAACCGUGCUAUUGAGGGAAUAAAAGUGCCGUGUUGUCAGCCUGUAUCGACAUGCCGUUUCAAGGAUUUCUUAGCCUUCUGUCGGAUGCCAGCGCGCACUGUCGUGUGUCUUUGUUCUUCGGUGUUUUGUCUUCAUUGUUCUGGGCCCGUCACAGCUGUGUUACUCGGCUUUUAUAGAUUCUAAACAAUCGCCCAUUGUGCUUCGGACUUCCAGAAGUUGACGGGGGAAAAAGUUCAUCAAAGGUAAACAAAUGUGUCAUGUGAUCGACUUUGAAAGAAGAUUAACUUGAAAGUGACCUAGGAUUCGAUCUAGGUCUAAAUAAUUUAUAUCCUCUGAGAAAUUGCAAUUACAAAUUGCUUUGCACAGGGCGGAGAUAUUAAAAACGAAAGUAGCUUAUUGUAUAAACCUUCGAUCUGCAAGUGGAAGCUUUACUGACUUAUGAUAUAAUAGGUCCCUCCUGUGUGUCAUAUUUCCACUUUUUCUUCUUUGCAUAAUUGUUUUUAAAAAUGGUGUAAAAUACUUGGAAUACCUAUAAACUUUUUUGCUGUAUAUUUUUGACCAAGAUCAGAGCUGUCAAGUUUAUCAACAAAGUAGUAGGCCUACUAUUUAAUUAAAGUUUGUUUCAAGACAGUCUAGCUGUAACUACUUUGACUACGCCACAUUUCCCAUUGGAUCUGAAAGAGGUCCUACUACUCACUUUCUGAAAAAUACCCAAUUUUCGGCUGGAGUUUCUCCUGAGGCUCUUGCUGUCUGUUCUCUUGGAAGUGACCUUUACAACUGGGCAUGGAGGUCUCUGAAUCGUUUGCUCAGAGAUGUACAGCCGCCGCGCGCCUGCCAAGGAUGACAUGACCGACACUAGGGUCAGGGAGAAGAUCCGUCACUUCGAGUCCUUGUCCAACAUGGCCAAGAGGACACGCUUCGUCUACAACAACGGGUUUUCAUUUGAGGAGAGACUUUUGAAAAAGAUUAAAGUUCAGGUCUGCGUACAAUUCUUUAAAGUCGGAGAAAUUGACACCUUGAAAGAACAAUACACCGCAGAUGUCAUUGUGCGAUCCAGGUGGAGAGAACCCAGCCUCGAUGGCCAGUUAAGUGAGGGCGGAGACAUCACCGACGUCAGAAAAUACUGGAACCCCAAACUGUACAUUGAGAACAGCUAUGGCGAUCACAAAGAGAUGUUUCGUUACAGGCUCGUCUUCAACGACAAGGGGGAGGCUUAUAUGACAGAAAAGAGGACCGUCAAAGGGACCUUCAUGGAGAACCUUGAGCUGGACGAUUUCCCUUUUGACGUUCAGGACUUGACGGUGACUGUAGCCUCCGAGUUCCCAUACACAGAUGUUGAGGUGGUCGAGGACCUGGAGAACCAUCACAUGGUCAACAAACAGUCUUUCGUGGAUGAGCAGGAGUGGCACCUGUACUCCCACACGGAGUGCAUACAAAGGGAGCUGACCAUCGACCAGUUCGAUCCCAGUGUCAGGCGCUCGGCGGUGUCGGUCAAGUGCCGGGCAGCCCGAAGGCCUGGAUACUUUGUUUGGAAUAUCUUUAUGAUCACGUUUCUCAUCUGCACUUUAUCGUUCGCAACAUUCUCCGUGGACAAAUGGCUGCCCCAGAACAGGUUACAGCUUUCCUUCACUCUGGUGCUGACUGCCGUCGCGUUCAAAUCCGUUGUGAACCAGAGCUUACCAAGGAUCUCUUAUCUCACGUAUAUGGACAAAUAUCUUUUAGCAUCUAUGUUCAUGAUGUCCGCUGUUUGUACUUGGCACGGAGUUGUCACCACUCUGGAAGGGAACAAACCAUUGGCCAACUUUAUCGAGUACAUCGUCCUGGGAUGUCUGGCCGCCAUCUACGUCGUCUACAACAUUGGCUUUUGCAUUUUGAUUUAUGUUUUUCCCUGUAAGAAGAGACGCAUCAUGGCCCAGAAGGAUGUUGAGCACAAUAAGCUCCGUCGGGAGCAUACCCCAUCGCAGCCAGCAUUACGCAGAAUGUUAACCCUCACAAAAACCAUCUCAGCUGACUUACCUGGUCUGAUAAACAGCUAAGGUUUGACAGAGAGAGAUGACCACAGAAAACAUGAGCUGAAUCAAAACAACGCGAGGCCUAAAAACUCGUACUGACCCACGUGGCCGACACGCGGGCACGAAGACGUCACCUGACCUACUGGAACCAGCACAUCACGUCAAACCGGAAGUGUUCCUGUCUUGGUCACGUGUACUUUGACAGUGUCAUUCAAACGAGUGUACAUUACUCUCUCGCAUUAACAAAGACUUUUACUUGUUUGUUAAAAAUCACUUUCCUGUUAUAUCUAGGUAUUAAGCCUACCGAAAUUGUAAACUUUAUGUAUAGACAUUAUGACCUAGAAAAAAAAAAUGACAUGAUGUAUUUAAAAUAAUAUAAAGACCAAGGAUAAUUUUUGACAUACAAACUUACACAUAUUAGUCUUUAACUAAAGAAACAGAUUGUGUGUGUUUUUAAAGCAACAUAGGAUACUCUUAAUUUCCUAAAAAUAAAAAGAAAUAAAAUAUUUAAACUUUUGAUGACGUCAAAGGUGGACAACAUAUAAAAAUCUCCGCCAUGUUUUGUUAUGGAAUGGAAGGUAAACAUCUGGUUGUCUCUAUGUAGUGGUGGAACAAUAUAAUUAUUUCUAAAAUAUUUAUUUUAGUGGCAUUAGUUUUGGAUUUUAUUGUAAAAUAGACCUACAUAUAUAUUGCUGUCAUUUCGGUUAAAUGUCAUUCAAUCUAUUGGUCAAUAAGAAGAACAAAAUACAACAUUAAGUCACUUAUCUGUAGAAAGUCUAUAAAUCAUAAGGGUGUCUUAAAUAUAGUUAAACUUGUUUAUAGAUCUCUAUGAAAAUCACUUCAUGUUCUCCUAACAGCCCUCCCCCUCUUUUCUUUUUAAAAAUAAUGGCCAAAAUACUUUGUCUUUCUUUCUCAAUUUAAAUGUGUGUGCAAGGAGCAGGGUACCUUUACAUAGUGGGUUUACUGUAUAAAGGGAAAUAAUUCUCUUUUUUUUUUCUAUUUUCACGCACAAAGCUAGAUAUGGCUGAAUGAUAAUGCUCCUUAUUCUCUGUUGAUAUUUAGGAUUAUCCUGAUUAUUUUGAAAUAAGAUAAGGAUAAUGGCACAAUAUGCAGGCUGGAUUUUUUUUUUCUGGAAAGGUCCCACAGUUUCUCUUAUCCUCUCUCUCUGUCGACGUCCAGAUAUUUGUGUGAAUCGCAACGUGCCUUCUCUCCCUUUUCUUUACUAUGCAUAACUUAAAAACAUUCGAACACGAUAUAGGUUGCAACCUAAAUGCCUAAAUUUAAUGUUUAAAAAUAUUUUUACUGUCGUGAAGCUUCUACAAUGUCAACAUUUUAGCUGGUCAACUUUUUAGCUGGUUAACUUUACGCCAUGAAAGAUUAUGUUUUUUUUCUUUAAUAAGUGUAGUGUUUACUUUGCAGUGGCGUUGCUAGGAGUCGUGUCAAUCCAGACUGAAAACAAGUAAAAAGAGGUUUAUACGUCUAUGUAACUUUGAACUUUAAAAAAAAUAUUAUGAUAUUGUGUUUGCUUCAUCCUGUUAGACCUGACAUUCUUUUACUGACAGUGUCCUCUUUAACAAACCCUGCUUCAUCGUUGUCCAAACUAUAAUCUGUUGAUAUUUGUGUGUGUGUGCGCAAAAUACAACAAAUGAAUGAAGCCUUUCUACUUAAUUUAUUUACACCCAGACAGGCUGGUAUCUUAAAACCUAUGUUGCAGGCCAACUAUUCGACAAACUGACUUAAUGAUUUGUUCCAUUUUUAUGUUUUUAUCUCUACACUCUUGAGAUAUCAAACUGUUAAUGUAUGCAAAUGUAUAUUAUGAAAAAAAAAUAUUGUUGAUGUAUAUAGAUUUUACAAACAAAUCAUACAUUUCAGAUGCAGAAUUAGUUAUUUAUUAUACCGUGAUUUUUUGUGUGUGUUUAUGGAGAUACAUACGUACCUAAUAUAUAACUAAAUAUUUUAGAUGUUAAUCUAAAUGUUUAAACUUGUUUAGAAUGUACAGCUAGAGAUGCAUACAGGGGGUUCUUAAUCGGAGUGCCUGCACCCCAUUUCAUAAAGGGUGUAACUAAAUCUAAUUGAUCUUUUUUUUUUUUUUGUAUUUGUUUCUAAGUUAUUAUACAUUUGCUCUGAAUUAAAAUUAAGAAAUGUUUAGCACUAUUCAUUUUAAGAUUUCUGGGUUAAUUUUCAGUCAAGAAGUCCCCAAAGGUUAAGGGCCCCCUUAUAGAAGUUGCAUUGUUAGAAAGAGAUUGUGAAAAAUCGUGCUUUGAAUGUUCUUGUGAAAUUCAUGUUUUGCUAGCCUUAACAUUAGGAUUAUGUUUUUUUUAGAUCUUCUCUAAACACGAUUUUAUGUACAUUCUUAAAACCAAUGCCUCUAAGCUUUGUACAAUUUUCGCCUUGGUUUGUUUGUAUUUCUUUGGUAAUGUUACAGUUUUAUAUUUGAAGAACAAAAGCCACAUAACUAUACAAAAUGAAUUCAUUAAUAAUGAUUAGAUGUUUCAUUCUUUAGUUUCAAAAAUCUUAGAAAACUUGUUUCUGUUUGUGUGAUAAUGGUUAUGUUGGUUCUUGUUUCAUUAUGUGUUUACAAGGAUGUAUUGCUAUGUCAUUAGUCACCAAUCCACAUUGUUGAUGUGUGCUCUUCUAAGUGUACUUCAUACUGUCUCAUUAGCAGGUCCUACGUGUUAAAUCUGUCCGAACACAAGUGUUACAUGUCAGCUGGUUAUAUAGCCAGGCUCUGUCCAUUCGGUAUACGCCCCAAUUUUUUUUUACGAAAAAAUUAUGUUUCUGUCACACUGAGUUUCACAUCCUGUGCUGUCAUUAGAAAUGUACAUUUUAUCCUGUUGUCACUGAAACUCACAAUUACAUUUUUACAAUAUCACAUUGUCACAAUGUCACAAUACUAUACUGUUAUUCACAACAUCAAUGAAUCAGUAAUGUGUCUUGAAUGAAAAACUUAUGCUGAGAAGUCUGCAAAGACACUUCACCAAUGAUACACACAAAUUUCCAGAUGCUUAUAAGCUUAUUUAGUUGUGUUUGUUGCAGGGCCGGCCUUAGGUAAUUGAAGGCCCUCGGCAAAGUGAAUUAAGUGGCCUCAAAUUUAAAAAAAAACAAGGGUCUUCUACCAUAAGUAGUCUAACAAGUAAAUUUAACCAUUUGUCAAUAAGUAGAGACUUAGAGCUAGACUUAGAGACGUAGAGCCCUAGUGCUCUGCUAUAUUUAAGAUUUGAUACAAGAUUUUCAAUGCUUUUAGUCCUGUAUGAGGCCUCCACCCCUAGACAGUCCUGUUGGUGGGAUCACUACAAACAACAUACACUCAUUCUUAACUGUAUAUUACAUAUGUAAUUACAUCUUAUGGUUUCUAUAUUGAAAGCUGCCUGUUUCUACAAUCUUAAAUGUCACACACACACACACUUUCUAAGUUAAUUAGAAGCUACGUUCAUUCGCUAUUGUCAACUGUUAUCAAUGUUUCAUAGUCUUGAUUCACUCGUACAUCAAUACAGCACACAUCAAUACUUUUAUUACAUGCCAUGAUGUUUUAUUUUAAUAUUCACAUAUACACUGACACUAAGAUUUCUCCUCGUGUUUUUUUUUUAUCAUCAUCUGUUAUUUCCUUCAGCAUUACAUUGAUAUGAAUCAUCCAUUUCGCCAUCUUACACCGUCAUGUAUGUCACAUCCCUUGUCACACUGUCCAAUCAGAUGUCAACAAUGUAUAAGCUCACUUCUCGUUUGUAAGACAAAACAUUUCCGAGUUAUAUUUAACCCUUACAAUCCUUAGGAAAAAACAAAACAAAACAACAUACAAACUUGUUAACCCUAACCUUUUGUUAUAACUAAUGAUUUUAGAAUCAAUCUGUAAAUAAACAUUUAGAUUAGAUUCUUAUUAAAUAUAUGCCGAUUUCGUCUUAAUAAUUUGAAAGCAGGAGAAAAUACAGUAUGUAAUUAUUACAAUUGUUACAGUUGUAGAAAUUCUUAUUAUUUCUCAGGUAUUUGUUAACCCUGUUUGAUGUUGUGCUUUACACUGUGAGGUGAUAGACUUUGACAUAUUCAUAUGAGUUCCUUGUGUUUGACCUUUCAGGCUUUGCCUUAUGUGAUUAGCACUUGCAACUUUGUCAUGAUUUCCUUCGUACCAAUACAAAUAUUCAACUAUGUUCGGCUCUUAAUCACUCACCUAGAUAUAUUACAUCUACACCAGACAUUGAUCCAAAUUUUUAAAAAAGAUUUCAUCUUGAAAAGUUGUGGUAUUUUUUUUUAAUCGGAGAUUUUUAUCCAUGGAGUAAAAGCUAUAAAUAGCUAGCUUUUUGUGCAUCCUGUACAAUAUAAAGUUUUAAUUUUAAUAAGUUACCUGACAAUAGGUAUGCAAUUUUAGCAUUGCAGUAUUGCAUUUUUGAAACCUCAUUCCUGACUGUUAUUUAGUUGGCAAUUGAUAGGUUCAAUUUAGCUUCCUUGACAUUGUUUACUUUAUGGCAGGGGUUCUCAACCUGUGGGUCGCGACCCCUUUGGGGGUCGAUUGACCAUUUGCCAGGGGUCGCCUAAGACCAUUGAAAAUAUGGAUUGUUAUUGUCUACUCUACAAUUCUGUAUUUGUGUAAGGGGGGGGGGCGUCGCGGCAGAGUGGGGGAUUGUAAAAAGGGGUCGCCGAGAUUAAAAGGCUGAGAACCUCUACUUUAUGGUAAGAAAUCUCCAGUAGAGAAAAAGAAAACGGAAGUCUAACUAUUUCUGGGAUGUAGCUCUUCACCUCUGAGAGAUUUAAAGAUCACUAGUAAUUUCUUUUACGCUUUCAUGUUAUACCAUUGAAUUAUUUCGAAAUAACGCUUUAAUUUUAAUUGAAAUUGUCACCAUUCACAGACCUAUAUAUUCAUACGUGCCAAUCUAUUUUUAGACCUUUCGUAUCCAUCUUGGAGUAAGAACCAGUUUGUACAUAUUUUUUUUUUUCUAAAACAAAAGAUCUUUAAGUCUCUAAGCAUUUAGAUCUAGAUCUGGACCUAUAUCAACUCAUCUCUAACAUAUAUUAACCUUUAAAUAGCGUAAAAUGCAUUGGAUAAAUAAUUUGUUAAAGCCAACAUUAUCUUUUGCCUUCUUAUUGUUACAAGACAAUUUUUUUUUAUAGUAGGUGAUCACAUCAAAAGGAAUAAAAGAAAAUAGAUCUUAUUUUAUAAAUAUGUACAAGAAAAUAAAAGUGGCUUAAAAUUCAUGAAAUCUAGGCUUUUUCUUUUACAUGCUGCCAUUAGAGCAUGAAACGGGUUGCCUGAAACAGGCAGGAAAACUAACGACUUGGUAGAGUCAAGCUACUAAUUAACAUGCAAGAAUAGAUUAACACACGGAAACGACUAGGGUGUAAUUAUUUUAUUUUCUGAAGGAAUGUCUAUAGAUUGUGAAAUUAAGUAGACAGAUAACGACCGUGUAUCUUCAAUAGUGUUAUCUUUUUAUGCUAAUUAUGUUAGGGCUUUUCUAUAACUUAAAAACUUAUCUAUUAAACCCUGUAAUAAUUUGUGACAUGGUUAGACAUACGCCGUAAAUAGUGUAUGGGCACUUUCGAAUAUUAUGUAACGUCUACAUGGGGAGGGGUAUACAAUUUUGUUACAAAAGGAAGGGGGCUAUGAAGAUGUGUUACUUAACAAAACAAAACACAAAUAUUUAAACGAAAUAAGUACAGUGGUCCCUUGACUUUUGCUGGUCCGACUCUCGAGGGAGGGCUUCACCAAGGGGUUUCAAAGAAAAUAUUAGUAGAAAAAUUACUCUGCGUUUCUCUUUGAACAUCACGGGUUUCGGGGUCAGACCGAUAGGGAUGUACAGUAUUGGGGGGGGGGGGACUGAAUAGGUCAUCAAAACGCUGAAAUAGUUAGAUACUUUUAUCAUCAUUUCUAUCAAUAUCAUGAUCAAAGAUGUAACAUGUAAAAAUGCUAAUUACUAAAUUUAAUCUUUUUGUCAAAUUCGAAUUUUCUAGUUAUGUUACUCUAAAGAGGGGUGUGGGUAUUGAGUCUUGGUACGACUUGUUACAAAUGGGGUAGGGGAGGGGGGGCGAAAAAGGGGGGAUUUUUGGGGUUACCUAAUAUCCGAACUUUCCCUAAGAGAAGAUCGUGAGACGUUUAUAAAAAAGGCAUCUACUUUAAUGUAAUAUGGAUCUAGUCCUAACACAAUCCUCUUAAAAAGAAGUUUCCCUUAUUACAUCUUGGUUGUUGGUUCCGUGAUUGUAAAAGUCUCUUUUAUGUGACAAAUAAAAAUUAAAUGAUCUAUUUUAUUUAUUUAUGUUGGUACCAGUUACCUUUAUGGCUGCCUGGUCGUGCGGUUUGCGCGCUGGACUGUCGUUCGGAUUUAUCGACGGUCGAGGGUUCAAACCCUGCCCGCUCCCAUCCCCCGUCGUCCUGCGGGAGGUUUGGACUAGGAAGUAAACUAUCUUCAACUCUGAAGGAACAUCCGAAACAUGUAAAACAUUUUACAAACAAACAUGUACUCCUCUUUGCCCAAUGUAAGUUUUAAUAUUUAUAGUGACUAGCAUCUCGAUCUAUAUAUAUACACACAUGCCUCACCGAAAUCUCUUUGAUCUUGUGUAAUUGUCCAAUUUGUCUUAUUCAGCGAAUCUGGAAAGCUAAAAUUCUGUAAAUUAUACCCCCAAAAAAAUCUCAAUACUUUUCAACCAAGUAGUCUUAAAAGUCUAUCAACAUUUGUUGGAUGAUUGACAAUUUUUUUUUAAAAUAGAUAAUGUUGGCAGAGAGACAACAAAUUCUUAAAUUACGUCUACUAAACGAGACAUUCAUUAACAUAAUUCAAGUUUUAAUGUUGUUGAAUAUUCCGUAAUUGCAGGUAUGUAAACAUAAAUGAAAUAAACUUUUGCUUAUUGCAGGCUUGAAAGUCUGUUGAAAUCACGAUUUAUUUUCGUAGACAUUUUACUUGAGACAAGAGUUAACGUAAUGAUAAGUAUGAUCAUAUAACUCGACGUUAUAACAAUUUCUCGACUUCAAUCCUUAUUAAAAAAAAAAUAGACCCUACAAAAGAUUACAUUAAAUACUGUUUCUUGAUCUAGAAAAUCUUAAUCCACCAUCGUAUGGGCUCCAGUCCAUAACAAUAAUUCCGCUCAUUAAUGAUCUCUAUUGCAGUUUACUAUUUUGGUAUUUAUAGAUACCCCGCCAACUACAAUGGGCGACAGUGCAGAUCAACCAAUGGUCGUACCUAUUAAAUUCAUUUUUGGUCAUAAUGUUAAAUUGAAACUGUUAGAUUUCAAAUAUUUUUUUUUUCAAUUUGACUUGCACAAAUACAGAGAUCUGUAAAAUCUUGUCAGAAAUGGUUUCAAUAUUUUAUUAUGGGAGGGAAUGGAAAGAGAAGGACGAAAUUAAAUUGCAAGUAAAAGCGACUUGUUUCUCAUUUUUGAAGUUUAUGGUUGACCAGAGCCGGAUUUAAGUAAGUUGGCGCCGUGGGAAACAUUGUUGUAGAGGCCUUUACCCACUAAAACAGGCUUAAUUAACGCUAGUGCGUUGACACAUUAGAGGCCUUUUCAAUUUAAUCUCAUUCGCCUUUUGUUUUCUUCUAAUUAGUAUUUAUACUUGUUUAACUUUAUUUUUUCUAAAAGUUUGUGAAGAACCCCUUUUGAGAAAGAGGCCAUUAGCGGCCACACUGUUUGUACAGUCAUAGAUCCGGCCCUGUUUUUAGCUAAUUUACAUACAUGUUGAGGUUGUACAAACUGAACUAGAUAAAACCGACAGACAUUACUUUGUUAUAACGUGUUUUGACUAUGAAACAAAUGUAUUUCAUGUCUAUAUUUCUUACCAAUGCUUUCAUCCAGUCAGACAUUUGUCUGUCUAUACAAUUUAUUAUGUCUUAAAACCAAUGUCUGUCUCUACAUGUAUGGAGCAAAUAUACCGUGGCAAGGGCCCAUUUACCUUUUUCCCCCAAACUAAAGUGCUUUGAAUAAUAAUUGUUAAACCAGAUGUUUCUCAUGCCUACAUUGUGUCGGCUUGUUGCUAUGUUAUUGUUUAGUUCUAUUGUUUUUUUUUUUCUUCUUUUUUGAUGAUGAUGUUUUUUCUAUGAGAUUUCGAAAUGUACAGAUCUAUUUCUAUGACUUCACAUUUCUUUAACUUCUACAAACAAAGAGUUCCAAUGUUCCAUGGUCAACUUUUCUAUCAUGUACU